CUCCAUCCCAUUAGAAAGCUCUGACAAUCUUUCUCCUCUCCGCACCCUCCCUCCAUCCAUCCAUCCAUCCAUCCAUCCCAACCAUCCCUUGCCAUGCCCAACAGCAUUGCACCUACAGUCGCGAGGCAGGCCCUCCGGAUUGCUUCUCGUCGCUAUCCAUCGUCUGCCUUCUCUCGCCUUGCUUCUCGCCCCGUCGCGAAUGGCAGCACCGGCCGACGUCACUAUGUCUCUCCGACCAAGCCGUCGAGCGCCACCGUCAACUUGGACACAACCAUCAAGGCUGACCAGAAGUCUUUCUUGAAUCAAACUGGCAAGAGACCUGAAGAAGCGACCAUGCCGACGACGGGGAUGGAUGCGGAUGUGAUGAUGAGCCCUACAGCUGGCAUACUGAAGCAAGCUACCAUUAUGGAUCAAGGUACACGUCCCAUCUAUUUGGACAUGCAGGCCACGACGCCCAUGGACCCGCGAGUCGUCGAUGCUAUGCUUCCUUACAUGACUGGUCUGUACGGUAAUCCUCAUUCCCGAACCCAUGCCUACGGCUGGGAGGUCGAGAAGGCUGUAGAGCAAGCGCGCGAAAACCUUGCAAACCUCAUAGGCGCCGACCCGAAGGAGAUCAUCUUCACAAGUGGCGCCACCGAGAGCAAUAAUAUGAGUAUCAAGGGUGUAGCACGCUUUUUCAAGCGAUCGGGGAAGAAGAACCACAUCAUCACAUGCCAGACUGAGCACAAGUGCGUGCUGGACAGCUGCAGACAUUUGCAAGAUGAGGGCUAUCAGGUCACCUAUCUCCCCGUACAGGAUGAUGGUCUCAUCAAUAUGGAACAGCUCGAGGCGGCCAUCAGACCUGAGACUGCUCUUGUCAGCAUCAUGACCGUCAACAACGAGAUUGGUGUUGUGCAGCCUGUAGAAGAGAUUGGCAAACUCUGCCGGUCCAAGAAGAUAUAUUUCCACACUGAUGCUGCACAGGCUGUGGGGAAGAUACCUGUCGAUGUGAACAAGAUGAACAUUGACUUGAUGUCUAUAUCUGGCCACAAGAUAUACGGACCGAAAGGUAUUGGCGCCUGCUACGUUCGACGAAGACCUCGAGUCAGGCUUGACCCCAUCAUCAGUGGUGGAGGUCAAGAGCGUGGCUUGCGAAGCGGCACUCUGGCACCUUUCCUUGCGGUUGGAAUUGGUGAGGCGGCGCGGAUAUGUCAUGAAGAGAUGCAGUAUGAUACCAAACGCAUCACGAGCCUCUCGAAUCGCCUUCUCGAAGGAUUACUGUCAAUGGAUCACACAACAUUGAACGGUAGUCGCGAAAAGCACUAUCCCGGCUGUGUCAACGUUUCAUUUGCGUACGUCGAAGGAGAAUCGCUCCUGAUGGGUCUGAACAAGAUUGCCCUUUCUUCCGGCAGCGCUUGCACAUCUGCAUCGCUUGAGCCAAGCUACGUACUGCGAGCGCUGGGUAGCAGUGAUGAAAGUGCUCACAGCAGUAUCCGGUUUGGCAUCGGUCGGUUCACCACCGAAGCUGAGAUUGAUUAUGUUCUCAACGUAGUCAAGGAUCGCGUCGAGUUCCUACGAAAUGCCAGCCCUCUUUGGGAAAUGGUGCAGGAAGGCAUCGAUCUUAAGACGAUCGAGUGGAGUCAACACUAA